AUGGCUCCUCUACCAACCGUUCGGACUACGCCCUACAUUAAACCUUUCACUCACACUGGAGUGGAUUACUUUGGACCACUCAUGGUUAAACAAGGUCGAAGCCUCGUUAAGCGAUGGGUGUCGCUUUUUACCUGUUUAACAAUUCGGGCAGUCCAUAUAGAAAUUGUGCACAGUUUGUCGGCUAGCUCUUGCAUACUAGCUAUUCGGAGGUUCAUUGCGCGUCGUGGAUCACCAUCUUCCUUCUAUACCGACAACGGGACGAAUUUUAAAGGUGCGUUCAACAUCCUACGGCAGCAGAUACAAAACAUUAAUGAAGAAUGUGCUACUAGCUUCACAAAUGCCAAUACACAAUGGCAUUUCAACCCUCCACUAACGCCGCAUAUGGGAGGCUGCUGGGAGAGAAUGGUGCGGUCGAUCAAGGAGGCAAUGCAGGCCGUUGGUGAUCAUACGCAACAUCCAAGUGACGAGGUAUUGGAAACGGUAGGUUUAGAAGCCGAAGCAAUAGUAAAUUCGCGCCCCUUAACGUACGUUCCUCUGGAUAAUUUCGAUGCAGAAGCUCUUACUCCUAACCACUUUCUGAUGUACAGUGAACAAGGAAUUACGCAACCAGCCCGCUUGACACAAAUUGACACACACAUAUUACGCGACAGUUGGCGUCUUGCGCAAACAUUGGUUGAUAUUUUUUGGGCAAGAUGGAUUAAGGAGUAUUUGCCUUCCAUUGCACGACGUACCAAAUGGUUUGAUCCUGUGAAACCACUAGAAGAAGGUGACGUAGUUAUAGUAAUAAAUGAAGGUCGUCGGAAUGGAUGGGAACGUGGACGCAUUUUGGAGGUUGUCAAAGCAGCUGAUGGACAAGUCCGACAGGUCGUUAUUCGAACUGCCACCGGAGUUUGUCGCAGACCAGCCACUAAAGUAGCACUUCUGGAUGUUCGUAGAAAGGAGUUAUGUCAGGAGCAGAUGUCGACGGAUCUACACGGGGAGGAGGAUGUUGUGGAGCCCACUGUGACUGAUCAGUAG